GUAAAACAAUCAAAAAUUUUCUUCUCUUUUUCUGUAAAGGCAAUAUAUGAUAUGAUGAAGAAUCAAAACCAUAAUAAUAAUCCUCCAUUAUUAACCUCAAUUAAGUUGUAUAAUGCGCCCUUAAACCUCAUCAAUCUCCUCUCUGCGUUCUUGUUCUUCGCCUGCGGCCUCACCUGCGGCCUCAUCUUCUCCUCCUACUUCAAAUCCUUCUCGCUAAACCUCCAGCUCAUCACCGCCGCCGCCGCCGACCAACCACUCCUCCUCCCGCCGCCGCAGCCGGAGAGAACCCCCGUCGCCGCCGUCGGGCUCCAAGAAUUCCUGAAGCCGCCGGAAAACGCUAUGCACGACAUGAGCGACGAAGAGCUUCUGUGGAGGGCGUCAAUGGUUCCUAAGAUCAAAGAAUAUCCAUUCUCGAGAGUCCCUAAAGUGGCGUUCAUGUUCCUGACGAGAGGGGCGGUGACUUUAGCGCCGCUGUGGGAGAUGUUCUUCCAGGGGAACGAAGGGUUCUACUCAAUCUACGUUCAUUCUGAUCCGUCGUGUAAUGAAUCGGCGCCGGAGGGGUCGGUGUUUCACGGCAGAAGAAUUCCCAGUCAGGAAGUCAAAUGGGGAGAUGUUAAUAUGAUUGAAGCGGAACGUAGAUUACUUGCCAACGCUCUUUUAGAUUUUUCAAAUCAACGUUUCGUUCUUCUUUCAGAAUCUUGUAUUCCUCUGUUCAAUUUCCCUACAAUCUACUCUUACCUAAUGAACUCCACCACAAAUUUCAUUGAGGUAUACGAUCUUCCAGGCUCGACUGGCCGUGGGCGUUACAAGCACAGAAUGAGCCCAGUUAUCAAGCUUCGACAAUGGCGAAAAGGGUCCCAGUGGUUUGAAAUGGACCGGGACCUAGCCAUCGAGGUCAUUUCGGAUGACAGAUAUUUUUCACUUUUUCAAUAUUAUUGUAAAGGGUCUUGUUAUGCUGAUGAGCACUACUUGCCAACGUUUGUGAACAUUAGAUUUGGGCGAGGGAACUCAAACCGAAGUUUGACUUGGGUUGACUGGUCUCACGGUGGGUCCCACCCAGCUCGUUAUUUAAGGCAUGAUGUGACUGUGUCGUUUUUGGAGACGUUAAGGACCGGUGAUAAGUGCGAAUACAACGGGGAGGAAACUAAUGUGUGUUACUUAUUUGCUAGAAAGUUUAGUCUGCAUUCUUUAACUAGAUUGCUGAGAUUUGCUCCUAAACUUAUGAGGUUCGAUGAAAAGCUGAAAAUGAAUUCAUAAUUUAAUUUGUA